AUGCCGGCAAGUCCCCGUACGAAACGUGAGCGCAUUUGUCCUUGGUGUUCUCAGUCUUUUUCGAAAGAGGAUCACCUGGCUAGACAUGUCCGACGCCAUACCCGUGAAAAGCCUUUCUCGUGUGCCACCUGCACAAAGUCAUUUACACGAUAUGAUUCCCUGCUCCGUCAUGCGAGGUCUCAUGGCGUCAACCCGCAGUCAGAGAGCCAGAAAGCGAUCUCUGCCGCAGGGGGACCUGGUCAAAACGAGACGCUUCAAAUUCAUGAACUCUCGCCAGAGUCGAUGGUAAAUUCAGCACAAGGUUCCUUUCCACAUGAAAACUCUCUAGUAGCUGCCCAGUCGACCAGCGACCCGGUAGUCAGCUCACCGUCCCAAGCAGAUCCCCUGCCGGUCAGUUUCUACGACUGGCCGGUAGACUGGACUUCACAGCCGUCAACAUGGCUGGCAGAUGCUGACUUUGAUCUGAACGCGUUCAAUGCAUGUGUCAUUACUUCUUCUACGCCAGUCAAUGACCAAACCCUACUCCCACUCAUGGAACCUCCCGCCUUAGUCCCACGGUCCGUGAGCAUCGCCCCUACAUCCAUACAUGAACGACUUGAAGAUACGGUUCGCCGGCGAUGGUUUACCUUCAUUGAGGGCGUUGGUAGCGGCUAUGACACACCCGGUGGCAGACCUGACAGCAUCCACAUUGACGAUGCUUAUCGGGAUAACUUGGCACAACGCCUGCAGCAGCACAUCACUACAGCGCCGUUGCCGUCAACAGACUUCUUGAAUAUGUGUAUCCGAAUGUAUUUCACUCGCUUCAACGACAUACUUCCCAUCAUCCAUCAACCCACGUUUCGCCCUUCUGUGAAGAGGUCUCUCUUGUUGCUUUCUAUUUGCUCGAUGGGCUGUCUUUUCUUAGGUUCUAGCCAUGCAACCCAACAAGGGAUUCGAAUAUUUGAAACUCUAAACAAAGCUAUACUUUCUUCGUGGGAAAAACAUAUAGUUCGAGAGAAAUCCGAAGCCCUGUCUAUGGUUCAAGCGGCUUUGAUCGGACAGACCUUUGGAAUGUUAUCAGGGAGGCCAAAAGACUUGUUAACUGUGCAGACAUUCCAUGGAACGGUGAUCACUUGGGCAAAGAGAAAGAAUUUCUUCUCCGGUCGUCGCGCAAUUGAGCUUAUCAAUAUAAAAGAUAUUGAGCGCGCACUUGAGCCGGCAUGGAGAGCAUGGUCUCAGGCGGAAGAACAGAUCCGGCUCUGGGCCGCGGUUUCCAUCCUGGACGCUGAACUGUCCGAACUAUUACUCGGCGAGCCUGUAGUACGACGUUUUGCGCCGUCCGAUCUAGUAUCCGAGGACGAUCUGUGGACGGCUCCAACUGCGCAAGCCUGGGGUAAUGCUGUGCGACGUCGAGUCGAACAACUCCGGAUAUCUAUUACCUCGUCACCAUCCAGUCAGGCGAUAGAAUUUCGCUCCUAUGUUGAGCUAGAAGGAAUAACCUCAGCCAUUAGCGAUUCUACGAACUCUCUGGAGAAUAACAGGAGAGAUUUGCUCCUGGUGAAAUGGCAGCCAGUUCUGAUGAGCUUCUACGACCGCUAUCUUCAUUCUUUACAGCAGCUCUCGUCUCCACAAGGGUAUAAAGAUAAAUUCUGUCUGCAGGCUCUUUGGCACGCCAACUUCCUUAGCCUUCUAGCUGACCUGGACCGCUUAGAGCAAGCGCUUGGGCGUGAAGGCUUUGACGAAGCUCAGCGCAAUACCAGCUAUGUCUGUGCGUGGGCAAACUCAUCCGAGGGCCUGCGAUGUGCCAUCCAUGCUGUUUUAAUUCUCCAUCUGUUAGAGACACUGCCAGCUGGAGGAACCGAGCCGGGAAUCCAUGUCCCCCGAGUGCUGUUUCGGGCGACCAUUGUCUGGUUCUGCUAUUUAAAAUUUGGCGUCAGGGACCCUUCAGAGUGGUACGAGCAGAGUCAGGCUUUUAAUAAUCCUAAUAGCUUGCCAGAGCUGAGACACAUUAGUGCGAAACCUGUGAAUCUCCUUUUUGAGUCCCUGGAUUUCCAGCAGAGGCGGCCAAGCCCAUCAGAAUCCAGUACCACAUGUCGAUAUGUAGAUCUCAUGGGACGCAUUGGACACUGGGGGUUAUUCCGUCAGUUAGGCGCGGUAGGAGCGGUGUUGCUCCAUGGGGCUUUGGAGGCUGUUCCCCCUGUACAAGCUUAG